ACAUCAGACAAUAGCGGAACCGGAAAUACCGGAAGUGGACAGAACGCCAUUGAAGAAUUCUAUGCCGACAAGCACAACAUGGCGAUGUUCCUCAUCUUGCCGUUGAUAAUUCUCGUUUAUGGAGGCUGUGCGGGUAUUUACUGUUUUUAUAAGUUUAGACGGUAUCUUAAGAAGCGCAUCGUUGUUUAUAAAAAAGAGAAACGAAUCAAAAUUUUAAAACGUAAAAACUGUAUAGAAAGUAGUUCCUUCCAUAACACAGGAUGGACAGCAGCCACCAAUGAAGUUCAAUUCGGCAAAAGCAUGCCUAACCUGCGUGAAAAUAAAACCGAUGUGUGUAAACGGCCGUCUACAGCACUGGCAGCGUGCGCCAGCAUUGAAACACAGGAAGUCGACCAAUUACUAGAAGAAUUGGCAAUCAUAACGGAAGAUAAACCUGUUACUAAAGCAAAAAAGCCAACAGCGGAAGUGACUCCUGUUGUUCAGGUGAGGCCACCUGUUCAGCGCGUACAAUCUAAAAUCAUUGACAAACCUAAAGUCUCCAAAAGCCCACCAGUCGUUGUAGAGGUCAAGUCAAUAGUUGAUGACGACAAAAUUAACAACAACGAGGACACAUCACAAUCGGAUGCCAAGAUAAAGAGGAAAAGUUUGAUAUUAUCGGCAAGUGAUAUUGCAGAAAUCAUGAAGUAUUACAACAACAAAAAGCACAUGCCUAACGUUAUUCCCGAGGACUCCGAAAAUGAUAAAGAGAUUUGCCGUAGAGUGCGAAAAAAGAAAAUUUUCUCAACGUAG